CUACAAGGGCGCCCAUUGGCCGUUCGGGAAGUCAUUUUCUGUGCGCAUUCCGCCGCCCGCAGGCUUGGGGGGAAACUUCCUUAUUAUUGUGACGCCAAAAACGGAGAAACCCCGAGCCCGGCCGCUGGCGCUGUGACAGGAGGAAUCCCGAGCUGCGAGUCGGAGGCUGCCGAGCGCUCCAAGGUGAAGUGAAACAAUUCUGGCUUCUGAUCUAAAUGUCAAGUGUGUGAUCUGUGGCUACAUGACUGCCUGAAGGAGAAGAACAAUGUUAUGUUGGGGAUAUUGGUCUUUGGGCCAACCAGGUAUCAGCACCAAUCUGCAAGGAAUUGUGGCUGAGCCACAGGUGUGUGGAUUCAUAUCGGACAGAAGCGUCAAGGAGGUGGCCUGUGGAGGAAACCACUCUGUGUUCCUGCUGGAGGAUGGGGAGGUUUAUACGUGUGGUUUGAACACCAAGGGGCAGCUGGGCCACGAGAGGGAAGGAAACAAGCCGGAACAAAUAGGAGCUUUGGCAGAUCAGCACAUUAUUCAUGUGGCAUGUGGCGAGUCCCACAGUCUGGCUCUUAGUGACCAGGGCCAGCUGUUUUCUUGGGGUGCAGGGAGUGACGGUCAACUAGGACUCAUGACAACUGAGGAUUCUGUGGCAGUGCCCAGGUUGAUACAAAAGCUGAACCAGCAGACUAUAUUACAGGUUUCCUGUGGCAACUGGCAUUGCUUGGCUCUUGCAGCUGAUGGCCAGUUCUUCACUUGGGGAAAGAACAGCCAUGGGCAGCUGGGCCUAGGGAAGGAGUUCUCCUCUCAAGCCAGCCCUCAGAGGGUGAGGUCCCUGGAGGGGAUCCCGCUGGCUCAGGUGGCUGCAGGAGGGGCUCACAGCUUUGCCCUGUCUCUCUCAGGAGCUGUUUUUGGCUGGGGGAUGAAUAAUGCAGGGCAGCUAGGGCUCAGUGAUGAAAAAGAUCGAGAGUCUCCAUGCCAUGUGAAACUCUUACGAACACAGAAGGUUGUCUACAUUAGUUGUGGAGAUGAGCACACAGCAGUCCUCACAAAGAGUGGAGGUGUGUUUACCUUUGGUGCUGGUUCCUGUGGGCAGCUAGGGCAUGAUUCAAUGAAUGAUGAGGUUAAUCCAAGAAGAGUUCUGGAGCUGAUGGGCAGUGAAGUCACUCAGAUUGCGUGUGGCAGACAACACACCCUAGCCUUUGUGCCUUCUUCUGGACUCAUCUAUGCAUUUGGUUGUGGAGCAAGAGGUCAACUAGGAACUGGACACACUUGCAACAUUAAGUGUCCAUCUCCUGUGAAGGGUUACUGGGCGGCCCACAGUGGCCAGCUUUCAGCUCGAGCUGGAACCUUUGUGUUUAUGCAGGAACACAGAAGAAGACAUGAAAGAGUACUAUGGUCAGAGGAAGUUGGAGUUGUGUCUGACAGGGUGACUGAGAUAGCAGAGGAGAGGACUGUGAGGAAGACGGUGGUUCGGAUGCCCCAGGAGGCCAUUAUGGAGAACACAGUGUGCUCUGAGGAUCGCUUUAAAUAUCAUAUUGUUAAGCAGAUUUUCUCUGGAGGAGACCAGACUUUUGUACUUUGCUCCAAAUACGAGAAUUCUUCUCCUGCUGUUGACUUCAGGACUGGGAACCAAGCACAUUAUACCAGCUUAAUAAAUGAUGAAACCAUAGCAGUGUGGAGACAAAAACUCUCAGAACACAACAAUGCAAAUACAAUGAAUGGUGUUGUUCAGAUAUUAUCUUCUGCAGCCUGUUGGAAUGGAAGUUUUCUUGAAAAAAAAAUUGAUGAACAUUUUAAAACAAGUCCCAAAAUCCCUGGGAUUGACCUGAACUCAACUAGGGUAUUAUUUGAGAAGUUAAUGAACUCUCAGCACUCCAUGAUUCUAGAACAGAUCUUAAGCAGCUUUGAAAGUUGCCUGAUUCCACAGUUGUCAAGUUCACCGCCAGAUGUUGAAGCAAUGAGAAUCUAUUUAAUACUUCCUGAAUUUCCCCUGCUCCAGGAUUCCAAGUAUUACAUAACACUGACUAUCCCCUUGGCUAUGGCCAUUCUGCGGCUGGAUACAAACCCUAGUAAAGUAUUAGAUAACUGGUGGUCUCAGGUAUGCCCCAAAUAUUUCAUGAAGCUGGUAAACCUCUAUAAAGGUGCAGUCCUUUAUCUACUGAGGGGAAGAAAGACAUUCUUAAUUCCUGUACUGUUUAACAAUUAUAUUACAGCAGCUCUCAAGCUCUUGGAGAAGUUAUAUAAGGUAAAUCUUAAAGUGAAGCAUGUGGAAUAUGAUACAUUUUACAUUCCUGAGAUUUCUAGUCUCGUGGACAUUCAGGAAGACUACCUCAUGUGGUUCUUGCAUCAAGCAGGGAUGAAGGCUAGACCAUCUAUAAUACAGGAUGCUGUAACACUUUGUUCCUACCCUUUCAUCUUUGAUGCCCAAGCCAAGACCAAAAUGUUACAGACGGAUGCCGAACUACAGAUGCAGGUAGCAGUCAAUGGAGCCAACCUGCAGAAUGUCUUCAUGCUUCUCACCUUGGAGCCUCUGCUGGCCAGAAGCCCUUUCCUGGUCCUUCACGUUCGCAGGAACAACCUCGUUGGAGAUGCCCUAAGAGAGCUGAGCAUUCAUUCUGAUAUUGAUUUGAAAAAGCCUCUCAAAGUAAUCUUCGAUGGGGAAGAAGCAGUGGAUGCUGGUGGUGUUACAAAGGAAUUCUUUCUUUUGCUGUUAAAAGAACUUUUGAAUCCCAUCUAUGGAAUGUUUACCUACUAUCAGGAUUCAAAUCUCUUGUGGUUUUCAGAUACAUGUUUUGUAGAGCACAACUGGUUUCACUUGAUUGGCAUCACUUGUGGACUGGCAAUCUACAACUCGACUGUGGUUGAUCUCCACUUCCCAUUGGCUCUCUACAAGAAGUUACUGAAUGUAAAGCCUGGUUUGGAAGAUUUAAAGGAGCUGUCACCCACUGAAGGAAGGAGUCUUCAAGAGCUUUUAGAUUAUCCUGGUGAAGAUGUUGAGGAAACUUUCUGCCUCAACUUCACGAUCUGCCGAGAAAGCUAUGGUGUGAUUGAACAGAAGAAGUUGGUACCCGGUGGAGACAAAGUGACUGUGUGCAAAGAUAACAGGCAGGAAUUUGUGGACGCUUACGUGAAUUACAUCUUCCAAAUCUCAGUUCACGAGUGGUACACAGCCUUUUCCAGCGGUUUCCUAAAGGUGUGCGGUGGCAAAGUACUUGAGCUCUUCCAGCCUUCAGAACUAAGGGCCAUGAUGGUGGGGAACAGCAACUACAAUUGGGAAGAGCUAGAAGAGACUACCAUCUACAAGGGUGAUUAUUCAGCCUCACAUCCCACUGUGAAACUAUUCUGGGAAACAUUUCAUGAGUUUCCAUUGGAAAAGAAAAAGAAGUUUCUCUUGUUUCUGACUGGCAGUGACCGGAUUCCCAUCUAUGGUAUGGCCAGCCUGCAGAUUGUCAUCCAGUCCACAGCCAGUGGGGAGGAGUAUUUGCCCGUGGCUCACACUUGCUACAACCUUCUCGACCUCCCCAAGUACAGCAGCAAAGAAAUUCUGAGUGCACGGCUAACCCAGGCUCUUGACAACUAUGAGGGGUUUAGUUUGGCCUGAGGCUCCCCAGCUUGUCCUCCGUGUCCCUUCCUUCCUCAGUGUCCACACUGAGGUCUAUACAGAAAAUCAUGGGGAGUUAUUUCUAUUUUUUUACUGUCUUAUGUGGGUUGGGACUUUUGAAUCCUGAACCUAGUUCAUGUGUUUCUGGGGUUGUAAGUAGUUAACCUUUUUUGGAAAUCAGGGGUUGGGGAUGGGAUGAUAUUGGCUUUGGUAUGGGAGGUGGUUUUGAUUUUGUUUUAUUUUUGUUUUAAAACAACUACACAGUGUUUGUUGCACCUGUGAAUGUGUUGCACUCUGCUGGAUAAAAUGGCAGUAGCUUCUUAAGCUUUUCCCAAACGUCUUUCUUAGCCUUGAUCUUUCCUCACAACGCUUUCUUGUCCUUCUAACUUCUCAUUCCUCUACAAGAAUGAUUUUGACUGCUCUAUCCCUUCUUACCUGUGCAUGCAAAACAUCUCCUUUCUCUACAGCCUUGGAAAUUCCCUGGCUUCUUGUAGCCCUACACUAACCAAAAGGAGGAAAGGACUACAUCAGAAGGUCCCAAUUUCAGAAAGCUGAGCAUGGGCAGAGCCCUUGAGAGUUUCAGGGAGACUCUGAGAAAAUCUUCCUGAAAGAGAAAAAAGUUUUUAACUAGGUAUGGAGGUGUGUGGCAGUGAUCUCAAGCUACUUCUCAGCCUGCGUGGGAGGCUGAGGCAGGUGAAUCACAAGUUUGAGGCAUUCUAGGCAAUUUAGUGAGAUCUUGUCAUAAAAUUAUUAAAAAGCACUGGAGAUGGAGCUGAGGAGUAGAGCACUUGCCUAGCAUGCACAAGGCCCUGGGUUCCUUCCACACCAGUACCAAAAAUAAAUAAAUAAAAAUACUUAAGGGAGUAGCAACCUUUUGAUGGCUGUGCUCAGCUUCUGCUCCUUACAGAUAUGCAGAACAGCUUAGGGUUGUACUUGAGCUUAAUUUUGUUUUGUUGCUCAGCCAUGUUCCUUUGUCAGUAAUGUGAACUGGUAGGCCUCUCACUUCUUCUGUUACCUCGCUUUUGGAGCAAGUUGCAUUAAUUUUUUUAAGUCUAUAUUGCCCAAGAAAAGUAGAAAUAAUCCAUUUCUUAUCCCUUUAUCACUUUAUGUCCUCUACCACUUUCUCAUUCCUUCCCUCCUCCCUUACCUUACUUUUCCUUCCUUCCCUCUUCUUCCUAUCCUUUUACUUAAAUCUUCUGUCUUCUCUACUAGAUGCAUGAUAUCUGUUUUGUUAUUUUUAUUUAAAUUGCAAAAUUUUUGACUUAUAUUUUUUUCUUCUUCUCUAAUUGUUAAGACCUAUGGAUAUUCUUUGUCAUGCAAUUUUUGUUUAUCACAUUUGAAAUGUUUGUUUACAGUGGGAUUUCAAUGGGGAUUGUGUUUAAAUCAAAUAUAUAUAUAUAUAUAUAUAUAAAAUCUCAAAAAUGACAUAUUCAGUGCUCUUCAUCAUGGGAUGAGAAAAUUCUACUUGAUUAAGGAACCCAUGAAGCCUAAUUUUAAAUUCCUAGUACUGGAGAAAAGAUUUAUUUAUAUAAAUGAAGUAUUUAUGAACCGUGAUACAGCAUCAAAUCUCAAUGAAGGAUUGUAGAUUUUUGCUUUUUCUUUUUGUUUUUAAAACUUACUCCAAUUGCUAAAUUGGUAGUUUUUCAGUCUUUAUAAAUACAAGAUUAAAAAAGAUAUACUGUUAUAUGAAAUGUUUAUUUUAUAUGUGUGUGCAUAUAGUUCAGUAUUAUGCAAUAAAUUUGGUGUUUUAACUUAAAA